CACACGGAGGGUCCAGCCAUGAUGUCACCUCUAAGCAAAACAAUUGCUGGCCUGUGUGACAAAGGGCUAAGGAGGUGCUUCCCUCAGCUUCAGCCCUGAACAUGAAGAGAGGAGGCCCCUUUAGAGCAUGGUUAAAAUGCUGGUCCUCCUCUUCCUCUUCCUGGCAUCCUUCAUGAGAAGCUCUGACCUCACCACAUUUCCACCGGUUCCCAUUUUCUCCUGCGGACUGAGUUCGAAAUUCAAAGCCACCUCCUGGAUCCUGCCGAAAGCCGAAGGGGGCAAGACCCAGGAUGAGUCAGAGGUGCUUCCGUGGCAGGUCAGCAUCCAAGCUGACGGCAAGCAUGUCUGCGGAGGAGCGAUUUUGAGUAGCUGGUGGAUCUUAUCGGCGGCUCACUGCUUCCAAGAGGACAUCUCUUCCAGACUCCAUGUAGUGGUCCACAUGGAAGGGAACCCAUCAGGGAUAAGGGAUCUGGAGAGAGUGAUCGUCCACCAAGACUUCAAUGGGGAAACCCUGCAGAACGACAUUGCUUUGAUCCUGCUGGACUCUCCCAUACACUUCAGUGAGGAGACGACGCCCAUCUGCCUGCCUUUAUUACACGAUCUGAGCAUCUGGCACAACUGCUGGGUUGCAACAUGGAGACCCACUCCCGCUGGACCCGGUGCCGACGAGAACGGAACCACCAAGGUGCUGAAAAGGACGGAGAUGACUGUGAUCGGCAGGGAAGCGUGCGCGGAGAAGGUCCCGGGCCUGAAGGGUGAUGUGAUGUGCUCCAUCUCAGAAGAAGAGGGGCCAAAGAUAUGCCGGGAUGACAGUGGGAGCCCUUUGGUUUGCACUCACGGGAAAAACACGAAAUGGUUCAUGGUUGCCGUCGCCAGGAAGGGCGAGCACUGCGAGCGAGAAGGGAGCCCCGCCAUUUACACCGUGGUUUUCCACUACAUAGACUGGAUCGAAAAAGCAACAGCGAUUGAAGGGAAACCAUUUAUCCCCGAAGGGGUCGAUGACAUCGGCGUCCGCACGGAACCCUUAACGCCGCGUUCUGCGUCGCCAUCGCCCGCCUGCUCGGCGGCCGCGAUGAUUCCUCCCAUUUUGGCGCUGACAGUUUUCCGUUUAUAAUAGAGGUCCUAGGAGAGGAUGCAGCAUUUCAUUGAUAAAAAGCAGAAUGA